GGAUUUUGUUCAUCGUGUUCGUAAACAAGACGUUGUGGACAAAAAUAUUCACGUUUAAAAGCGAAGAUGAACAUUUUGCCAAAGAAGAGGUAUGCAAUUAUAUCUCACGUUUAAGGAGAAGUUUACUUUACCCAAGUUUUCAUGACUGGAUGUGACUUCAUGAGCUUAUAAUUUCAAAGCAAAAUGUUAUGAGUUUAAUUGAAAUAAGCUUAAUCAGGACGUAACAUGUCGAUAAUUCCGAUAGUCGAUAAAAAUCGAUCGUUGUCGAUUAACGUCGAUACUAAUUAAUCGACAAAUAUCGGAAAUCGAUAAAAGUCGAUCACAAAAUUUCUUGUGAUUAUCGAUUUUGAUCGACGUUUGGUGUUAGAGUUCGAUUUCAAUCGACUUUUAUCGAAAAGUAUCGGAAGAUAAAAAACGAUCAUAGAGCUAUGUAUGUUUCAAUAUUUUAUUUUGCACUGUAACUAAAGCUGAGUAGAGAGCCACAACAAAGCGAAUUUGUUAUUCUUAGUGGCCUCUGUUAUCUUCCCGGUAAAAACUCCAAUAUGAAACAACUCACCCCAACUCAUCACUGAAAUUAUUUAGAGGUCGAACACAGAAGUACCGGCAGAUGUACGCCAUUUGCUCCUCGUCAUCACGCUGCACUCUUUCCGAACCCCUACGCUUAUCAACAAUUGAAUAACAGUUAAUUACAUCUGAGCACUUUGUCUGCAUUUGUUCUUUAUAUAUCGUAGCAUUUUCCCGCCAUCUCAGGGCCCUUUCAAAGAUAUAUAAAUAAGGUUUGUACUGGUGCUGACCAAAACAAUCGCAGCGCAGGACCGGAAAAAAUUGCAAAGCGACAGAAGCAAUUGUUGAACGCGAGUGGUGCAAACCAAGGCGCAUUUCUUCAGAUUUCUUGAGGUAAACAUUCGCUUGUGGAUUGAACAAGAUAACUUCUGCUUUUUUCAGGUUUUAAUGCAACUUUAUUCAACUUUAUUGCCAUCAUCAGCGCCGUACAACGUUUUACACUCACGAUGCUUAUACAAAGUAUCUCCGUUCCUUGACAUGUUAAUGUCGAUAUAAAUCGAUAAAAGUCGAUACAAAUCGAUAGCCAGCCCUGAGAACUUUGUGAUUAUCGACUUUUAUCGACAAAUCAAACUAAUCAAUCGACAAUUAUCGACAAUUAUCGAGCACUAUCAACUUAUCGACUAGCUUUCCGAUGAGCGAUUUCGAUCGACAUGUUACGUCCUGGCUUAAUAUAAACUUAAGCUCAUAAGCUUAAGCUUAAAAAAACUGCUUUACUUUUUCUUUCAGUUGGCAUGUUCGAAACAAAGACAAUGUCGAACGUGUGAGACGUGAUGAAGAGAAUGCCAGAAAGGAAGAAAUCGAGAGAGAAAGGAGAGUGGCCCUCGCAGUGAGUUACUAGCACUGAUUCUACGUAGUUAGAGCGGUUUUCACUUGACUGUCGUAAAACCAAAACCAAAGUAAAUACGCUAGCCAACCAAAGGGCGUAGUAAAACCAAAACCAAAACCAAAACCAAUCCCUUUCGACAGUCAAGUGAAAACCGCUCUAAACUUAAUGAGAAAAGGGGUCCCCUUCAAGAUUAGAGAUUUGGUACUUUUAACGUUCAAGGUUUUUUACACUGUUGUGUUAUGCUUGUGAAGUGGCAGCAUGCAGUCGCUUAAAAAAGACACCUUUAGAGUGUCAAAACUUGAAAGAAAAAUCUGAUAGGUACCUCUUUUCUGACUUUGUUUUUACAGUAUUAGGAAGCAGAAUGGCUUUACUGUAAACUGUAGGAAAGAAGAACAAUCUAGGGCUGUUUACUACAACUUGCAAACACAAUGACUCAACACACUGGCUCCCUGAACAGUCAUUCUAAAUCUCCCUUAAUGAGAUUGCGCCUCUCACACUACUGAUUUCACUGUUAGCGCACAAGGAAAGUAGUCCGUUGACAAAAUUUGUGAAACCGCAUAAUAGUUUCUUACUUAUUGGUUAUGCCAUGUCAAUGGGCAUAUGUAAGUUUAUUAUUUAGAAGCUCAAAUCCCAGUGAAGUCCCGAAAUUUUUUUCGGGUCAAUUUGCAAUUGCUUAAAUUGCAAUUACCAUUGCGACGAUCAUAUCUUCAUUUAAAAGAAAGUCUUUUGUCAAACAAAUAGGGUCAGGGUUUCAGGAGGAAUGCCACACACUUCCCCUAAAAUGUACCAGGAGUACCGUGCACAAGACAAUUGGUCUUUUCCCCUUACGAUCAGAUAAAUAACCCAACCCAGCAAUUUGCUUGUCUUCUACACCAUAACUCAGUGCUUGCAGCAUCAUUGCCAAUCACAGUGAAUUUUGGAUUGUGAUCUUUUGAAGACAUGUUAUCCAAAUGUUAUCUUGGCUGCAUCUAAAGGUAGUAGCAGUAGUACAUGUAGUGGUUAGUUUUGACAAUCUGGAAUGUCCAUCAAAUGAUUAUUCAUUCUCAUUAAUUACAGAUCUUUUUUAAAGUCAAAGUUACGCCUAGACAUUUUCAUUGCAUUCUUUGCAGGAACAAGAAGCCAGAACAGCCUUGUUACGAAGCCGUGCAGCUAAGAAGCAGAUCAAAGAUGCUAAAUCACCUGAUACAACAGCACUUGUUUUAGAUGCAGAUGACAAACCAAAGCAUAUAAACUUCUUUGCUGAUAUCGAAGAAGGGGUGAGGAGUAGCACAGCACAUUGAUUUUGCUUGCUCAAGGGUGAGAAGACAGGGUUGUUACUCAACAGGUUUUGUAACCUGAAAAUAUCAGAGGUCUUUUUCAUAUUGACUAACUGGUUCAUCAGUUUGGCUUUUGAUUAUAUUAGGGCUCAAAGUGAGUCCCAUCCAGUCUUUGGGUACAAGUAGAUUUUUUAUGCCCCAUGGGCAAGGGUCCAGGCAUUACACCUAACUCCUUAUAUAUACAUGUAUCUGUGUGAAUUUGAAUUUCUUUUGUUGCUGUGUUUUUUUUUUGCUUAUAGUUAAGACAUGGCAGUAACCCUGAAUAUGAAGCCGAGAAAAAAGCUGAACAGGAGAAGAGAGAGAAGGCAAUUGGUCUCUUAACAUACCUGGGGCAGAGUGAGAGAGAUUCACAAAGUAUGCAUUUAGUCAUAAUUUGUUAGUUUUAUUUUUAUUGCUCCUUCUGCAUUAUAAUGGUGGAAAUAGAAAUAUUUAUAUCUUACUCAGUGUUAACCUACAGUAGAAUCUCUAUUUAUCAGACACCCUCUGGACCAAGGCAAGCAUCCCCUGAAUAGAGGUGUCGCCUGAACAGAGGUUGGGCUGGGGUUUCUCAAGAAAUUAACCAAGUAAUAAAAAAAUCAGAAUCUGCUGCAGUCAUUAUUUCAAGUGGCUGGAUAUUGUAUAAUCAAAAGGUGCCUAUGGCUGCUUUUGACUCUUAGAAAUGAAAGCUGAUAAUGAACUUACAUUUAGUCUACUAGUAUAUUUUAAGUCUGUCAAAAAAAUGAAAAUAUGUGUUAAGAAAAAAAAACAAAAAAAAUGACCUAAAGAAAAAAAACAGUAAAAAAAAGUUUCUUAUGGCCAGCGGGAGUUGAACCCUGGACCCUCAAUGUGUAAGGUAUUGUGCCACGACAACUAUUGUGAAUAGAAUCAUUGAAUUUUUUAUUGUUAUCACUUUUGCCCAUGAAAUUCUGCCGGUGGACGGUGUUUGAAGCUGGUAGAGCCUUAUUUAUGAAGAAUUGAAAGAUAAAUUAGAGGAAAACAAGCAUGGUUUGGACGUCUCUCUAAACCAUCGCGAAGUCACUUGUUGACAGCAUUUCACAGCUUGCAUUUCUCUGCGUUAACCUGAGAAGAAUCAGUUGUGAUACAGCAACAGUAAACAUUUCCUUUUUUACUCAACUGAAGAAACAUUUCAUUUCAGAAUAGUAUUCUUAAAGACCAUGAGAUUGGGAGUCCUUUUGAGAGAGGACAGUUAAGCAAGUCAAGUGUGUCACAGCUUUCUAAGCUGAAGCUGUGUUGUGAUUCACUUGUAAUACUAUCCAUCCUGAUUGGCUAUUUAGAUCGAACUUCCGGUUACGAGUGAGUGACAAAUUUUUCACACAGAUUCCCCACAAUACUCAUGGAUAAUCCACUAGUAAAAAUCGUAAUUACAUAACUUAUUUCUGCAAUAUUGUGGGUUGAGUUACCACUAGUACAGUACAUUGAUUUAAGUGAGGUAGUUCAUGUUGUUAAAGCUGUCAUCAUUGGGAAUAGUACUCUUGAAUGUAUCAACCCUUUUUGUGGUCAGUCAUGUUAAGAGUGCUAAGGUGUCCCUGAAUAGAAGUUAAAGCUGGGUUUUGGGACCUAGAAAUAGUGUCCUUUUCCCUUAAAUAGAGGUGUCCCUUCAACAGAGGUAGCAGAUACAAAGACUAUGUGAACAUUUUUUCGGGAACAAAUCUUGUUUCCCCAGAAUGGAGGUGUCCCUCAAAUAGAGGUGGCAAAGGAGAGGUUACACGGUAUUUUGGUGCUAAGAAAACACUCAUGGUUUUGAGAAUUAGGAAAUAAUGCAAAUAAUUCUGAAAUAAAUAAUAUUCCUAUUUUUGUAACACUUAAUAAUAUUUAUCAAGUGUAACGAAAAUCCCAGAGUUAAAAGGAAUGCAACUGACAAGAAGAAAAAUGUGUAAUGCCCUUCUAGAGCUCGGCCUGUUCUCAGUUAUUGUAAAAGCUUCAUAAUGUCAAGUGAUCGCUUAAUUUUCUUGACAUGUACGUGAUGGAGCUUUAAUCAUUUUUUUGUUUCUUCAUGACAUACAUGUCAUUUUCAUCAAGCGCCAAAGAACUAUUUUUGCUUUAACAGAUCAGAAGCCAUGGUAUGUUAAAUCUCACCAGGACAGAAAAGAUCCAGAUGGGGCAAGUGAAAGGUAAACGGUCUAAAUUUCUUCUUGUGCCGGAUUUACGGGCUCUUCACAUUUCCUUCAUUCGGCAGGUUAAAGGGAUGAUGGACUGUGCUAAAGAGAACCUGGUCAGUUACUCCAAUAUUCUUUUAGAGGCCAAUACCUUUAAUGCGCCACAGGCGCAACCUGGAGCUUAAAAUGGCCGAUCCUGAUAACUGGACCUAAGUGGAGGAACGAAGCAGGGAUUCAUGACUGCCACUACACGGUUAACCCUAACCCUAACCCUAACCUGUUAGAGACUUAAGGAGUUGUGGUGAAUUUCCACUGUCGCGUAAUUUUUACCUGCGUACGGAGGAAAAUUUUACGCGCGUAAACAAAAUAAAGGCAAUAUAUAGAACGUCGCACUUAAACGUUAAAGUUUAACCGAUCAACCCUUACGUUUACACGCGGCCUUUCAUUUUUCACGCGUAAUUUUUACGCAACAGUGAAAAUCCACCCUUAGGGUGGCGUUUACGGCAAUCGACAAGCGCCAACGGUGACCACGUGACAGCCUUUUCCCGCUGUUUAUCCGUUUACACAGGAGAGGUUUCACGUUCAUCAGACAAAAAAAUCGGAAAGAGAGAGAGAGAUAAGGAGAGAGAGAAAAUUACUUUGUGUAGUUCUCGUGUUCCUGUACAUUAACAAUCGUAUCUGGAUAGGCAUCUCUGCCCUUAAUCGUUUCCCGUUUGUCCUUGACGCGACUUUUAAGGUCUCUAGUAAUGUCGUAAUUGGCUUGCGUGUGUGCGUGAAAAACUGACCAAAUCACAGAGGUUGUUCGAUAAAGCCGUGGUCUUUAUCUUUCCUUGAGAACAUAACUUUGUAAUAAAAAACUAAUUGUAUCUCUUUUUGCCCUCUUUGCGGGUUAGUUCCAGAGAGAAAGACAGGAAACGUAUAAUGGAUCCUUUAAACGACAUGAAAAAAUAUCUUGAAGUAAAAAAGUCACACAAGAGAGACAAAGACAGCAAGCACAAAAGGAACAAACACACAGAAAUAGAACAAGACUCUAAAAGAAAGCACAAGAAAAGUAUUGAAGAAAUGAGAAAAGAAAGAUUAGAACGAGAGAAAGAGGAACGCGAAAGAGAGAGGAAGCUGUUAGCGUCAGUGAGGGGAGACAAGAUAACUACAACAGAAACUGCUAGUUACAACGCCCCGAACCGGUAAGCUAUUUUACCUCGUCCCUCCUCAUCCCUAGGGUUUUAAGUGGAAGAACACUACCCCUUUGACGCUCGACGCUUCAGCGUCAAAAUGCUUUAACCAAAAUGUUGCCGUUUUUUUGAGAAUUUCUCCCUGGUAUUUAGUGUUUUCAGGGCCUUCGUUAAUUACAGAAAGCUUCAAUUCGUCAUUAAAAAAGGUUGUUUGGAGUUAUUUUACUGAUUAAUAAAUUGACUGUCCACGGUCUCUUGUAUUUCUGUAAGAUCGUUGAGGUCAAUCGCUUACCGGUGCUGGCUGCCACCUUCCUUUCAAAUGUAGCGGAAAAUUAGGGGGACUGUGAACAGUCUAAUUGAUAGCCAGCGUAGCAAGCGUUUCUGUGCGGUUUAGGAGAAAAGAACGAGAGUCAAAGACUGCGAGAAAAGUGGCGCAAGUAAAAGAGCGGGGAGGUAGCUCUCGUUGCAUUUCUCGGGCGGUCAAUACCGAAAGUCCCCUUCCUCGGUAUUUCUUUGCUCCGAAACCAAACGGAAACGUUUGCUACACACGCUAUCUAAUUGAUAAACAACUUGUUCACAUUCACGUCCCACCUUCUUUGCGAGGGUCUCAAUGGGGUGGUAGCUUUGAUGGUGACGGUUAAAUUUUAGACCUUUUGACGGUUAGCUAUGUAUUUUAAGUCGAAAUUUAGUCCACGAGUUAAAGUAAAUAUUUACGUCUGUAUGAAUUAAUAUAAACUGUUAUUUUUUGGAGAUUACCUUGGCCUUUCACUUAUAAAAUUUCGAAAUGUUUUCAGAUAUAGCCAGUUUUAAGGUCUUGUAAUGUCUAUAGAGAUCAUUUUUUUUGAGCGCAUCGCAACUGGUUUUUCCAGGUUUGUAGAUUUUUCAAGCGCCAGAAGUCUGUAAAGAUUAGUUGAAAUCGCGAGAUUUGAAAUACCUUACAACUUUUUUAUGGUUUAUUUUUAUCUGCAUUAUUGACGGUUGUUGGUUAAGGUUUAAGCCGUUUGACGGCUGACGGUUUACCCUAUUUAGAACCUCUUUUCUGGAUGGCGAUUUUCACGCACGUUCACAUAUUUCGGACUUCCCUUGUCUUGGUCUAAAACAAUAGGUCUUUCCACACGAAGCUGUACGAAUCUUACAGUUCCUCAACGCUAUAGAAUAUGUACGAUUCAGUGCAUUGCUUAUGAUAAGUAAGAUUCUGUAAAAAGAACAAGUCUGGAAGGAAAAAGUCCCCGUGUAUUUUUCAGUCUAAAUUGUUGUUUUUAUUUGUUGCAGAUAUAACUCUCAAUACAAUCCAGAGUUUGCUAGGAAGCCCAGGAAUGACAUGAGAUACCGGCCAUAUUAGUUUCCAGUGUCAGCUAGAGCAUGUUCGACAGCCCGGCAACUGACAACGAAAUCCUCCGAGUGGAGUUGACUACAGUGAACGAGAUCUUUUGGUAUCCUUGUUCCGAUUGGGCAGCCAACUGUUCUCGAAAGCAUCCGAAGAUGGUGUGCUCUGUGGAGUGAGCAUGCGGUGACCAGCGAACUUCCGCUUAUACCUCUGUAGAGAGCCUACUACGACGAACGGGUCUCCUAACCGACUGUCAUCUAAUUAAUAAAUGGGUUUCCUGAAAGAUAAUGCAUGGAAACUGUAAGGAAGGUUUGUGUUGCAUAGAUUCCAGCUUCAGUUGUCAGUGCUUCUGCCAAGGUUGGACAAUUCAGCAGUUGUCGAUCUAGUGGAGUCAGGAUUAAUAUAACCAAACCCACCCUUACGACGGCUUUAACAAAAUGAAGGCUUUGGAUUCAAGGAAACCGAAGAGCAUCGUCACAAUACAUAUUGGUAAAUCGACUGGUAUCAUACCAUACUGGUAAAUGAGUUUCUCUUCUUGAGGCAACUGCUAAGAGGAGACCGUAGGGCCUGGUUAUGAAGCUAAUCCCUCUUAAUAGAAGAGUGAAAGUUCUUGGUGUUUUUUAAUGCCUUAUAUAAGGAAUUUCAAGUCCUACGAGUUGCUCAUUUACAAAGAGUUCUUUGAAUACAAAACCUUUGGAUCAGUUGAGUUUUCUGGGUAUCAAACUGAACACCUACCCCUGCCCUAAGUCAACAUUAACACUUACGUCUCACUUAGGGCAAAACUGUGACCUAGGGGAGGGGUAGGUGGUCAGUUGCCCAGAAACCUUGAUUUUACAUCCUUGUCACCAGGGUCUUUUCUAUAGUUAAAGUGGUGG